AUGUCUGACGGACAAUCAAAAAGAAAUAGGAAAAAAAGGUAGAAGUCAUACAAGAUAUAACAGCUACAGCUAGAGAUGGAAAUUUCGCCUCGGUACAGAGAGAUGUUGUAGAAUCAGGAUUGGUCGUUUUCCCAUGUUGUGAAAGACAGCACCAAACGCAAAGCACCGUUUCCGUUGAUAUUGAUCCCGAGGAUGAGGAAUCAGAUCAUUGUGACCAACUAAGUGAAGAUGAACUAUUAAAUACACUGAGCAAUGACCUGUCAGUUCCCUACAUUCCAGCAGUGAAUACUGAAACAAAUGUCGAAACUGAAAUUGAAGAUGUGUACAAAAGUCCACCGCCACUAACAGAGAAUGAGACAAAUAAAGAAAGCGAAUGGGUAUUUGACUAUUUGGACCGAAUACAGGACGUUCUUCAAGACGAAAUAGUGCACACUGAAAGCGAAAUGGAUGAAAGCGAUGACGAUGAACUAUGGUAUGGUAUGACGCUUCUGAAACAUCAGACUGUAAUAAUCACGCAAACAUUACUGAAUUUGCCAACACUAGUAUAAACACUGGCACCGCAGAAUCCGAAGAUCUGGAUCACAAACCACUGUACGAAAACUGCCCAUUUACUGUCGAACUCAGUGCUUUACUUGUUAUUACCUUUGCAAUGAGACAUUUGCUAUCGGGUAAAGCAUUGCAUGACCUACUAGGGCUGAUUAGCUUGCAUUGCAGGACUCCAAACUAUUGCUUCAAAUCAUUAUUCAAAUUCAAAAAGUAUUUUCAGCACUUAAAGAGUCCUUUGAAAUACCACAAGUACUGUGCUCGUUGUACUGUCGCUAUCGAUGAUGAAACGAAAACCUGUCCAAAUGCUUUAUGUCAGCAAGAUUUAACUGUGACUGGCAAUGUCAGUUUUUUCCAUUGAAGUACCAAUGGAAAAACAAUUACUUUCAAUGUUUGGAACUCGUGGUAUGUGGAAUUCACUUAGUAUUCACUUCAAAAGAAUCAAGAAGGAUCGUGAAAACCUUGAAGAUAUCUAUGAUUGAUGGUAUACUGUCUGAUCAACAGAAUAUUUCUUUUAUGUGGAACACAGACGUUAUUCCAGUUUUUAAAUUGUCUAAACUUGCAAUUUGGCCUUUGUACUGCAUUGUCAAUGAAUUGCCUUAUGCACAACGAAUCCGUAGAAGUAAUAUGAUAUUUGCUGGCCCGUGGUUUGGUUCCACUAAGCCCAACAUGCUAACGUAUUUCAAACCCUUUCACUCAAGUUUGAGACUACUGGAAACUGAAGGAAUCAGAGUAGGAUCCCCAGAAGCUGGAACUUUUAUCAGCCGUGCUAUUCUUUUAGCCGGCACUUGUGAUCUACCCGCCAAAUGCCUGGUCUGCAAUACGGUUCAAUUCAAUGGAUUUUAUGGCUGCUCUGAGUGCAAGCAACCCGGGGAAUCAGUAAGAACCGAUAAAGGUGGAACAGUACUCAGCUUUCCAUUCAGCCAAAAUAACCCAAAGGGUCCUCCACGUAUGCAUCAAGGCACUAUUGAAGAUGCCAAGGAGGCUGUGUUAACGAAAAAGCCCUGUGAUGGUGUCAAAGGUCCAUCAUGGCUUGCUGGUUUAAAACAUGACAUUAUUAAAGGCACUUGA